AUGGCUUUGCGUCUUGUGGGGCAUGAAAACGUGUGCGUCACCAGCCAGGACGUUUACAACCUGUAUUUGCUCGUACAUCACUUUCGUGGAGCCGAUUGGGCCCAGCAUGUUCUGCCCUUUGUGGGAUUCCGCAUCUUGAGCUCCAAUUGUUCCGUGGCCGCAGGUGAUUCCCACACAUGCGCAAUCAGUGAGGCUGGGGAGCUUGCCGCCUUCACGGACAUAUACGAUCUGCUGCCUCCCGAUCUCGGUCCGGUGGUGGCCGUGGCUGCCGGAGAUUUUCACACCUGUGCCGUGAAGGCGAGUGGCGAGCUGGUAUGCGUCGGAUUCAAUAACCGUGGUCAGUGCGAUGUGCCUCCCGACCUGGGUCCGGUGGUGGCCGUGGCAGCCGGAUGGAGACGCACCUGUGCCGUGAAGGAGGUGCUGCAGCCGGUGCAUCACGAGGAGCCCGCCGCCGACAUCUCGGAAGAGGAGGGCGCUGCAAUCGUGGCAGAGCAGGAAGCAUCCUGGAUCGAGCACAACAUCGGAUUUGGCUGGCAUGGCGACGAUUUGCAGCCUCGGAUGAAUGCUGGCCUCACUCGGGUCGUGCAUUUGACGUUGAGCCGCUCGCAUCGCCAGCUGGACACAGAUUUGGAGCAGUCUCUGGCCUUGCAGCCAUGUCGGCAGGCCCUGCAGGAGGAGGGCUUGGACUGGCGCUUGCAGCCCUCUGGCGCUAAGAUCUUCAUGGAGCCUUGGUGCUUCCGAGCCGUCCGCAGUCAUUUGUCCGCCAUGCGGCUAAGGCCCUGCGACAUCUUCGUCUCAGAAACAUUGGAGAAUGAGGUCAUGCGAGUGAUCCGGCAGAUCCCCCGCAGCCUUGGCGUGAUACCAAGAAGCUCCCAGAGCAUUGCCUUUGCGGACGAAGAUGGGGAAGCGGUGCUGGUCAGACGCUCCUUUCUAAACAUUCCUUCCGGGAUGUUGCUCAGUGCAGCCUCCGUGGUGCAGUCCACGACAGAG